CUCACAUGUUUAAAACGGGUAAUAAAAGGUGGUUUGUGCCUCUGAAUAAAACAAAGUCAAGUUAUGAACAGAACAUUCUUGCAUUUACCAUUAGGUCUACACAAACUCUGGGAGACAGCGGAAACUUCAGAAAGGGAGGCGUUUUCUGCUACAGGAUGUUUUCCUGCAUAAGAGGAUGUGUGAGGUCUUAGUCACUGCAGCACCGUGGGAGUGCUUCAGAGUAUCGGAGUACGAGCAGAUCAGAGUUCCUCUCGCAGCACACAGUCGAUGUAGUCCGCCGGAGGAGCUCAGAGUUUGUAAAAGGUGCAUGAGGGAAAGCCUUUGAGUCUCGGUAAGCAAGAACAUCAAGAUGAGAGCGCACUGGAUGUUCAUGAUGCUCCUGAGCUGCGGGUCAUAUCAUGCCAUCAAGUCCCAGGACGUCUGCCCCUGCAAAGACCAGAUCAAAACAGUAUGCAUGCCUGCCGGGGGAGAGGUGUCCGUGCCCUGCCCGAAUUCCACGGGCCAAGAAGUCAUUUACAACCUCUACAAGGACGGUGAAGAGAUUUGCACCGACCCGUGCACCACGGCCGGCGUGAGACUGCGCGAGGACAAUAAAAGCUUCAUGCUCACUGUGGUGAAUGCCAGCAGCUAUGGAGCGUACGGAUGUCAGAGCAUAGGCACGUUCCCUCCCCCCCUCACCAAGAGUACUCUGUGGAUCAUUGUGCAUGUGGAGGGACACCAAUGCAAUGUCCAAGAGGACCGCAGCACAACCGAUAGAAAUCAGACAGAUGGAUUCCUCUGGAUUUGGAUCCUGGUGCUCGUGCUUCUUUGCACCUACAGUCUCAUCAUCACCAUCAUCGCCAGCAUCAUCUGGGUCAAGUGGAGGUCAUCGAACUGCCAGAACGACUACAUGAACACCAAACCCAAAGCGAAUAAGGACCGGAGAAAGAAGAGGGGGGUUCAAAUCCCGGUUCGCCGUCACUUCUGAAACCACCUGCCCUACCCCCCCGUCCCCCACGGCCAUCAUCCUCGUUAUGCAGACAUGCAAUGUCGUCACAAAGUUUUGUUCUUUUGUAUCAUCAAUACAGGUUGUUAUGUGUCUACACAGCAAAAAGGAGUAGUUCCUCCUUUGGUAGCUGUGGUUUUAUGAAGCAAUAAAAAAAAAGAAAAAGAAAAUUA